AAAAUAAUAAAUAAAUUCAACGGGGAGAGAGGAAAAACGAAAGGGAACAAAAAGAAAUAGGGGAUAUGGUAGGCGGACGCGGCGGAGUUGGCGGUGGUGGUGGUAACAGAGUGGAGGCGGAUCAGUGGCUUGUAACAUCGGAGAAGCUUCUAGCGUCUAGUGAUCUUCAAGGAGCAAAGACAUUUGCGAUCCGCGCAUGCGAAGCUGACCCGACCCGAGCAGAAGCUGCAGACUACAUCCUCGCAAUCUGCGACAUUCUUCUCGCCGGAGAGACUCGUUUAGGUGAUUCCAACUUGCCAGACUGGUACGCCGUUCUCCGACUCGGUCGUUUAGCUCAAAACCCUGAACACGUCGCGACUCAGUACCGUAGACUCGCUCUUCUCCUCAAUCCUUCCGUUAAUCGUCUCCCAUUCGCCGAUCGAGCUCUUAAAAUCGUCUCCGAUGCUUGGUUCGUUCUCUCUGAUCCGUUCAAGAAAUCAUUCUACGACCGAGAAUUGCAACUUAGUCAACUCGGUCAAUCUGGAUUCCAUCCUCAAACCCAAUCGCAUCAAAAUUUCCAGUGGGAACCUAGCAGUAGCACCGCCGUAUAUCCGCCACCGCGGUCUCAGAGCCAGGCUGGGACCUCGGCGGAUCCUAUGGCGACGAGCUUCUGGACCGCUUGCCCUUACUGCUUUGUACUCUUUGAGUACCCUAAGGCUUACGAAGAAUGUACUUUGAAAUGUCAAGAAUGUAGAAGAGCGUUUCAAGCUGUGACGAUACCAAAACCUCCGGUGGAUAAGAAAGACGACGAAGACGUUUACUUUUGCUCAUGGGCUUUGUUUCCAUUGGGGUUUUCCGGUGAAUUUCAAGCUCCAAGUUGGUCACCUAUUUCACCUCUCUUUGCCUGUCCUCUGCAAAAGUUGGAUGGUGAACCAAAGAAGAGAAAGGAACCGGGUCCUCCUAGGAUUUACUAUGACGAUGAUGACAUUUAUGUUGCGAUUUCGGAUGGAGAUGACGCUGGUGAUGAUGGUGAUUGGCAAGAUGUGGUACAAGUGAAUAAGAAGACGAAUGUUGGGAAAGGGAAAGAAACAUAUGUGAGAAGUAACAAGAAACAUGGAGUUGAAGAAGUCCAAAAUGUAGAAAGUAUCAGUAGUGCUAGCAAUCACGCGGUUUCAAUUGCUUCAAAUGCUGCGGCUGUUGGGUCUUCAACUGGGGUUAUGUCUAAACCAGGGAGUUAUAUUACUAGAAAACGAAUGGGAACAGGCGCUAAGAACCUGGGGAGGUUGGAUUUGAAUGUGGAGUUUAGUAAUGAAGUGGAAGAGCCUGGUGUGGCAGGUGGGGGAAAUGCAGGCAAUGGGAUCGGAAGUAACAGGGAGGUAGAUAAUAUGGAAGGGAUUGGGUUCUUUGAGGGACUUGAUGAAUUCUUGAAUAGUUUGCCCAUACUUUCUGUUGUUGGAGAUGAUAAGAUCAAGGCUACUUAGUGAAGUAAGGCUUUUUCCUCUCUUUGUUUAGGUUGCGGGUGUUUCGUUGUUGUAGGCCUUAGCUUUUAUGUUUCCUGUUGAUGUUUAACUGUAGUGGAAAUACUAGCAUUUUGAUUCCUUGGAAUCCCUGUAGUUGGAAUCUGUUGAUGUUAUUUUGCUCAAAAUUCGGAUGCUUUCGUCGCUUUCUGGUAUAUAGUCUUCUGCUUCUGAGUUCUGAGUAAAGGCAUUAAGAUUAUCUUUCUCGGGUUUAUUAGACUAUAAAACCUUACUAGCCAAAUGCCUUAUCUAAAGUAAAGUGAGUUACUUAUCCUGCUCAGGUUUCAUUUUGUUCCAAAAGAAUUAUGUUCCUCCAACUCAAAAGGCCAUAGAGCAGCAAAUUGCAAAACAUAGGUGGUUUCCAUGUCGUAAUUGCUGCUUCUGUUCAUUCACUAGAUAACUUGUUGUGUUCUGGACUGACAAACGAAGAGGGAAAGUGACAACACACAUUGCUUGCUUCAUUCAUCCUUGAUGCUUUGAAAGGUAAGGAAAACAAGUAAGCUUUUUGUCAAGAAUUUCUUGCUGGGGUCUAAGGUAAAGACCUAAACGGCUAUGUAGAGUUUUUUUUGUGUAGUCAUAGUAGCUAGGUAUUCUCACUUACCUGUAAUGAGUAUUCUGCAGAAUCUAGAAGAUACAGAAGCUAUCCAAGAGGUGAUUCGUGCACGUUAUCUGGCUUUUAUACGCUCCAGUUGCGCAGUGAAGGUUCCAUUGUCUGUUCAUAAAAGCUUGUUUAAGACAUUAAUGAUGGAACUGUUUAGCCGUUUAGGCUCUAAACAUGAUAUCUACAUAAUCAUUUUUUCUGUAAUUGUGAUGAAGAAGGUUCGUUGUAUCUAUAUUGCUCUGUCU